AUGAGUGAAGACUAUGGCUCCUUCCGUUCGGGGCGGGAGCUGCGGGCCGGCGUGCUCAUGUGGCAGGUCUGUUCCCCAGUGUUGAUUGUGCUGGGAACCAUCGGAAACAUCAUCACCAUUAUCGUGCUGUCCAAACCGCGCUUUAACCGGUCCGCAUCUACCGUGUUCCUGCUAGCGCUUGCAGCCGCCGACCUCAGCAUGCUUUACAUCGGUCUUCUCCGCCAAUGGGUGAAGUAUGCGUUUGACUUUGACAUCCGACACGCAUCCGAAGCCGUUUGCAAGAUGCACUGGUGGCUCAUGUACGUCAUGUCGGACUGGACGGUAUGGACACUUACUGCUAUCACCGUGGAGCGCCUGGUCGCGACACUUUGUCCAUACAAAAGCAAGCGAAUCUGUUCGAAACGACUUGCUCAGGCUUCUGUUGGUGGCAUUGUUUUGUUGGCUUUACUGGUGAACUGUAACCUGUUGUAUGGGUUUGGAGAUGUUGACAUUAUUGAAGGAAAUUCGACGAUCACUUUGUCAUGCAUUCCAGUCAACGACAGCUAUGCUCGUUUCUUCGGUAAAAUAUGGACAUGGAUCGAUUUGUGUAAAUUUUCAUUGGUUCCUUUCGCAAUACUGUCUGCGGGGAAUGUAUGUAUCAUAUACAAACUUCUUCAAAGUCGGCGAAAAGUUGGAAAUGGGAUAAGGCCAGCGAACCAGGACGCCCCAAGAGACAAGACUUCCAACAUGUCGGUGGUAUUGGUGUGUCUGAACUUCAUGUUCAUUAUCUUUACCCUGCCUGUAUCUGUCUACUUCAUAGGCGAGCCUUAUUGGAUCCCGUCAGACGUGCCACGCGCUGUCCAGCUGCAGGACCCCUGGUGGGCCGUCGUGAACCUCGCCAUGUACACGAACAACUCGUGCAACUUCGUGUUGUACUGCCUAACGGGCUCCAGGUUCCGGGAGGAGGUGAAGAGGCUCUUCCGGAUAUUGAGAUCCCGUAUUCAGCCCGACCGCGUGUGGACCACGCCCGCCAAUCGCACUAUUAACGUCUCCGGUACUUUAUAA